UCCACAACCGGCAUCCAGGAACAGGGAGUGCUCAGUGCCCCUUCCCUGUACCACCCCCCAUGCUGCCCCUGUCCCGCUGGCUGAGAUCUGUGGGGCUCUUCUUGCUGCCAGCCCCCUGCUGGGUGCCCCGGGAGAGGUGGCUGGGUCCCCUACGGCGGCCCUCCCUGGUGCACGGGUGCCCAGUCCUGGGGGCAUGGCACAGUGCUCGCUGCUGGUGCCAAGCGUGGACAGAGGAGCCUCGAGCAUUUUACUCCUCCCUCAGAAUGAACGGAGACCAGAAAUUGGACGCUUAUGCCCGAGAAAGGCAGGAUUUCAUCCAGCACUUCUCCCAGAUCGUCAAGGUGCUGACUGAGGAGGACAUCGGGCACCCAGAGAUAGGAGAUGCUGUUGCCCGACUCAAGGAGGUUCUGGAGUACAAUGUUGUCGGAGGCAAGUACAACCGAGGUAUCACGGUGCUGGUGGUGUUCCGGGAGCUGGUGGAGCCCAGGAAGCAGGAUGCUGAUAGUCUCCAGCGGGCCCUGACCGUGGGCUGGUGUAUUGAACUGCUCCAAGCCUUCUUCCUGGUGGCAGACGACAUCGAGGACUCCUCCCUCACCCGCCGGGGCCAGACCUGCUGGUAUCGGAAGCCAGGUAUAGGUUUGGAUGCCAUCAAUGAUGCUUUCCUUCUGGAAGCUUGUAUCUACCGCCUGCUGAAGUUCUACUGCCGGGAGCAGCCCUAUUACCUGAACCUGAUUGAGCUCUUCUUGCAGACUUCCUACAACACUGAGAUCGGACAGACCCUGGACCUCAUCGCCGGCCCCCAGGGCAACGUGGAUCUUAGCAGGUUCACUGAAAAGAGGUACAAGUCUAUUGUCAAGUACAAGACAGCUUUCUACUCUUUCUACCUGCCCGUGGCUGCUGCCAUGUAUAUGGCAGGCAUUGACGGGGAGAAGGAGCACGCCAAUGCCAAGAAGAUCCUGAUGGAGAUGGGAGAGUUCUUUCAGAUUCAGGUAGGAAGGCGUGAGGCGCCAGCAGCGAACAGGCUCCGACUUUUCUUCUUGUCUCGGCGCCUCUUCAUUCCUCCUUUGUCGUCUCCCCACCCACCCCAGGACGAUUACCUCGACCUCUUUGGGGACCCCAGCGUGACAGGCAAGAUCGGCACAGACAUCCAGGACAACAAGUGCAGCUGGCUGGUGGUUCAGUGUCUGCAGCGGGCCUCUCCGGAGCAGCGCCAAAUCCUGCAGGAGAACUAUGGGCAGAAGGAUGCUGAGAAGGUGGCCCGGGUGAAGGCGCUGUAUGAGGAGAUGAAUCUGCAGGCAGUGUUCCUGCAGUACGAGGAAGACAGUUACAGCCACCUGAUGGGUCUCAUCGAGCAGUAUGCUGCGCCCCUGCCCCCGGCCAUCUUCCUGGAGCUGGCACACAAGAUCUACAAGAGAAGAAAGUAGCCCAGAGACUGAAGGUGGGAGGGGGGGCUCUCAAUAAAUUACUAUCUAACCUCCG